AUCCCUGGACUGGAGCCUGAUCGUUGGAGCUGUGGCGGUGGUGGUGCUGAGUCCUUGGUCGAAGACAACGAAGAGUUUGAUCGAAGACGAUGAAGAGUCCUUGGUCGAAGACGGUGGUGGUGGUGCUGAGCCUUGGUCGAAGACGGCGGUGGUGGUAUUGAGCCAGAUCGAAGACGACGAAGAGCCUUA